AUGUCGGAAGUUAUGGAAAAUGAACCAGAAGAUAGGGAAUAUGAGGAAAUGUUCUCCCCAUAUGCUGAUGAUGAUUCACCGCUUUUGGAAAUAUUCAAGAAGACGAUAAUCAGAAGAGUCGUUUUGCGAACAUUGGCUAUUACAGCUCUUUCGGUGUUGGUUGUCGCACUUUGGGAUCGUAUAGGUAUCAAGCUUGGAAUUAAACCGGAUUUCGUUACCGUCAUUACUUUUGUUGUGUCUCUUUUGCUUGCUUAUAGAACCAAUAGAGCCUAUGAUAGGUAUUGGGAAGGAAGAUGUCUAUGGGCAACUAUGAUAACAAAGAUCAGAGAUCUUGCACGAUUCGUUCUUGUAAAUGUUCCACCUAAGAGAAAAAUGAAUGCCGAAAAGGAAGUUGUCUUUGAUCUCUUGAAAGGAUUCGCAUCUGCCACUAAGGAUUUCCUUCGAGAAAUACAUUAUAAAGAUGGUGACUAUUCGACUUAUUUAAAUCUGGAGAAAAUAGUCGAUAGAGAAGCUGUAAAGCCUGUAUCGAAAGGUGAAUCUGAGAAUAAUGAAACUGGAUGCAUGAAAACUUAUAAGCCCAAUGUACGUGGAAUAAACAAACUAUAUAGGAAAAAGGUGUUAAAAAAUAGAAAUUUGCGCAAAUUCCGUCAAAUAAUUGAUUAUAAUUUGCCACUUGAGAUUGCCUUGUACUUGAAUUACUACAUAAGUCAAGUGGAUAAUAAAGGUGAAGUAAAUAAUCAAGUGGAUAAUAAUAACAAUAAAGCCAAUAAUAAAGAUGAAGUAAAUAAUCAAGUGGAUAAUACCGAUAAAGCCAAUAAAACAGAUGAUGCGAUAAUCGGUAUGAUGUACGAUAGAGUAAGCUCACUCGUGGAGUGCUUAACAAACCUAGAGAAAGUUCUCAGAUCACCAAUUCAUUAUGCAUACGCCAUUCAUCUUUUGCAUACUACGUGGAUAUUUUGUAUAUCACUUCCAUUCCAAUUAGUUGAAGACCUUGGAUGGGCCACUGUGCCUAUAGUAUUUUUGACCUCAUUUAUCUUACUAGGAGUCGAUGAGAUCGCAGAUGAGAUCGAAAAUCCAUUCGGUGAAGAUCCAAAUGAUAUAGAAUUAGAAAACUUAUGCAAAUAUAUUGAGUUGGAAUUAGAUUUUAUUAAGAAACAUGGUGGUACAACAUCUAUUGAGAAAGAUGGUAAAGACAUGAAAGAUUGGUGGGAUAAGGCAAUAAAAAAAGCGGCAAAAAAUCCAGAAACAAUUUCAGAAAACGGUCAAGCAAAAAUAAAUGCAUCAAAACAAGAGGUUGAUGAAAUAAAAUCAAAUCAUGAAACAGAUGUUAGGAUUAAUAUGUAA